UUUUAAGUUUUUAAAUAUUUUUUUCACAUCCGGAGCCCUAGUUACGUCACCAUUUACGGAAGUGAAGUAGCCAUCGCCCAUCAUCGGUGAAGCUGAUAAUCGUAUAGAAUUUUUUUUAGGGUUUUUUUCUUCUCGUGGGUUCUGAAAUUAAUUUUCACCACGCCCACUAUGCGAGAAUACAAAAUUGUAGUUUUAGGCAGUGGAGGCGUUGGUAAAAGUGCUUUGACAGUACAAUUUGUACAAGGCAUCUUUGUGGAAAAGUAUGACCCAACCAUUGAAGAUAGCUACCGAAAGCAAGUGGAAGUAGAUGGGCAGCAAUGUAUGCUAGAAAUCCUUGAUACUGCUGGAACAGAACAAUUCACUGCUAUGCGAGAUCUAUAUAUGAAAAAUGGCCAAGGCUUUGUUCUUGUGUAUUCCAUAACAGCUCAAUCCACAUUCAAUGACUUGCAAGAUUUAAGGGAACAAAUAUUAAGAGUAAAGGAUACAGAUGAUGUGCCGAUGAUUUUAGUGGGUAACAAAUGCGAUUUGGAAGAUGAGCGUGUAGUUGGUAAAGAUCAAGGUGCUAACUUAGCCAGGUCAUUCAAUAAUUGUGCUUUCUUGGAAUCAUCUGCUAAAGCAAAGAUAAAUGUCAGUGAGAUUUUUUAUGAUCUGGUACGGCAAAUCAAUAGAAAAAAUCCAGAAAAAAAGCCUCAUAUGAAAAAGAAAACUAAGUGUUCAAUUUUGUAAAUAUGUAGCGAUUGAUUGGUAGUGAUGCUGUACAGGCCCCCUUCAAUUUAUGUCUUGGAAGUGAUUUCACUACAGAAAAUUGUUUUGAUCACAUUGUGGAGCAUGUGUAUUGCGAAGAAUUUUGUACAUUCUGUUCAAGCAUUAUUACUACAAAUACUGGGGUCCAGGCUGCAUAUAUUACCAGAAUAAUAAUUAUGAAUACCAUGUUCCUCCAUUCGCAGCAUUUUUACAUUCUUCAGGAAAAAGAUAAAAAUGUUUCCCCUAAUUUUUGAUUUUUCUCCCCCACCCCAUAAUUAAAACCAAUAAAAAGCCUGAAAUGUUUGAAUCAGCUGUUAUUUCAUUGGAGCGCGGGCCGGAAUGACAGAUGGUUACCAGACUUUAUGUGAAACUGUGUAAUUAAUCUGUGGGAUAAUAAUAUAGUAUAGUUCAAAAGCUAUUUCGUAUUUUCAUAUAAAUUUCAAAUCACAUUUAUUAGAAUGAGAAUUUUCAUGUGGGGGAGGGGGUCAACUGCAAUUAUUAUCAAAAUGUUUGUAUAGACUGUGCUUAUUGUUAUCCCCCCCCCCUUUGUACUUGGAUAUACUUCAAUGUAUAGGUGUAUAAAAAAUAAACUAAUUCUGACUAAAUGUCUAUACCCUUGAAGCUGAUGUUUUGUGUAAUACUUGUUUCCCCCAAAUAGGUUUAUAUGUAAUAUAUAUAUAUAUAUAAUAUACGGCCCCUCGAUUUUGAUGGAUUUUGAAACAGUUGAAAUUUGGGUGUGCUCUCUCCCAAAAAGUGUUUUGAAAGUUAUUGCUGUUCCCCCUCCAACUCUUCAUAUACUUAUAUAUGCACAGUUUUUGUAACUUAUUAUUUCAUCUUUCACCAUUGAUUUUUACUCAAACCUAGCAUAGUUUUCAAAGAUGUAUGUUGUGUAAAUUGCAGCGUUAUUUUGGCCAAUGCUUCCAAGUUCAGAGAAGUUUUUAACUUGUCUCUAAAGUCAAGCAGAGCUUUUAAACUGACGUAAUAACUUUUUUACAUCUGUAUUUCUAAUUGUGUUGAGGUGCCUAUGCUUGUAAGUCCAAAUUCUCAUCAUGUAACCUCUCAAAGUUGAACAUUCUUUCCCUGAUGAUAAAAUGGCAUUUUAUGAUAAUUCAUAAUUGAAAUAAGAUCAUUUAAUCAAUGAAGGAAAUUUUUUCAAUGUUUACCCUCAUUCAGUUGUAUGAAAUGGAUGAAAUUUAUCUUGUUGGAUGUCUUCAUUUUAAAAUAAAUGUGUUAAAUUAACAUUCA